ACGAGUCUAAACCAAUCACAAGGAGCACCGACAGUUACGUUCAGACGGUAAAACCUCUGUUCAUACGCACUCAUUGUUAUAUAUAUAACUGAGCUUCGCAACACGCACGAAGAAAACAGUUGGGGUUGAAGUUAGCUCGUCUGCAAAUUUCAGCGGACAUUCGAAGCGGCUAAAAUGAAGCUCGCGAUCUAUUUAAUGCUGUGCUACUGCGCGGUGACGCUCGCCAUGCCUGAUCGAUUGACCUUUGGAAGUGCGAUUGCUGAACGAGAAACAAGUGUGAAUUGCAAUGUGGACAGCAGUGGAAGUUACAGUCACUCUACCGGACAGGUACAGCAAGCUGGACGACACAAACGAAGCACCAAGGUAGACUGUGACGUUGCAUGCAUGUCGUAUAUGGAAUCGUCGGCAUUGGAAUCAGCGUUGAAUAGCGCGAUGAUGCCGAUCUCCGAAUUCUUCGGGAUGAACAAUACCGCCACCGCCAUGUACGUCCACGAUUUUUGCAAUAUCGCCGGUGUAAAGUUAUUGUGGAGCUGGUUCGUGGCUCUCCUGAGAGACACCGGAGUCAGCAUGAAGCAGUUCAAACCUUGGUUCAAUGUGACGGCGAAGCUUUUCGUGUACCUUUACGGGAUCACUCUGAACCUCCGAGUGAACGCCAUCGGCUACGGUGCUUACCUGACCAAUAAAUUCUGCCAGAAAUUACUUGACGUGUUCCAUCAAUUUUUUAUAUUUUAAUUCGCUGCAUUUGAUAGUAAAUUGUAACCUGUACGUUACCUGUAAAGUGUCAACACAGAAUUGAUUAAAUUUCCCGAUCUGUUUAACCGAGAAAUCCCCUGGAACGGUUG